GGGUGGCUCCGGAGGCGGUUUCGGCCUGCUCUGGGGCUCGCGCUUGUCGGUGCGGCGUUGUCCAGUUUUCUUCCGCCCGCUCUGGUCGCCCGGCUUAGCAGGAAGCAGCUGUCGGAGCGCGUCCGGCUUCUUCGCCUGCUUUUUCGCGUCGGCUCGUGGGGUCUCCCCCUGGCAGGGAGCCAGUUCCAAAUGCCCCGGAAUGGAUGAUGACAGUCAGGAUGAACUCAUAAACAAGAAUGCUGCAAUAGGUAAAGCCAAAAGAGCAAACACACUGCUUAUUAGUGAUGCAGAAAGCAGUGAUGGAAAUAGCGGGGACUCAGAUGACACAGGCAGUGAGGAAGAAGGUGUUACUGAUGAAGAUGGAGGUGAGGAGGAUGAAGAAGGUGAAGAUGAAGAUCUAGAAGAUUCAGAGGAUGAUGAUGAAGAGGAGGAUGAUGAAGAGGAGGAGGAGGAAGAAGAAGAAAUGGAAAUGACUGCUGAGCAACCAACAUACUCAAUUAAAUCAAAGCAGCAAUUUAAUGGAGGAGCCAAUUCUUCUUCUGAUGAAGAUGCUGAAAACUGCCCAAUAUGCCUCAACACAUUCAGGGAUCAGGCAGUUGGAACACCUGAAAACUGUGUACAUUACUUCUGUUUGGAUUGUAUAGUCGAGUGGUCUAAAAAUGCCAACUCUUGUCCAGUGGAUCGAAUACUUUUUAAAUCUAUCUGUGUUCGAGCACGCUUCGGUGGAGAAAUCUUGAAGAAAAUUCCAGUUGAAAAUACAAAAUCUCAGGACGAUGAACUGGAGGAUGAUCCAACCUUUUGUGAAGUCUGUGGCCGAAGUGACAGAGAAGAUCGCCUGUUACUGUGUGACGGCUGUGAUGCGGGGUACCACAUGGAGUGCCUGAAUCCACCAUUGAGUGAGGUACCCGUUGAUGAAUGGUUCUGUCCACCAUGCACCCCAAAUGUUGCAGCAGCUGAUGCUGAAACAGAUCGUGUGAGCGAAGAGGAGGUCGCUUCCCUCAUGGCCGACAUCAUCCCUACUACCAGCCGGCUGCGUUCUGGUGUCCGAACGCGAGCCAUAGCCCGGACCCGUCAGAGCGAGCGUGUGCGUGCAACGGUGAACAGAAAUCGGAUAACAACUGCUCAGCGAAUUCAGCAUGUACCAAGGUACCUCAUGUCUUCACUCCUUGACGAAACCAUUGAGGCAGUUGCAGCAGGACUGAGCACAGCAGUAUACCAGAGACCGCUGGCUCCUCGAGGCACAACCAAGAAGAAGCGGAAAGGAGGGAGGAGAAAGAAAGGAGCAAGUAGAAAAUUCCAUACAAAAUCAUCUGCUGGAAAAAAGAGUACUGGAACUCGGAUUAAGAGGCGCAAACAUCGAGCAAAGCGGAAGAAAGGGAAAAAAACAAAAGUGAAAUUUGAGGUGACCGCUCGUUCCCGAAUUGCAAAAACCCUUCGCCUUGGCAAGCCAGUACAUGGCACUUCAAUCCCUUCUGUGUACAAGUCUGUUGAACCCUCACUUGGCCUUAUGAGAGCAGAUAUUGGAGCAGCCUCCCUCUCUGUCUUUGGAGAUCCUUUUGAGCUGGACCCAUAUAACAGUAACGAAGAGCUUCCUGUUGUAAACUCAGCCUCGCCCGUGAGCACCAAAAGAAGAAGUCUUUCUCAAUCAGCACUUAGAUCUCAUCGCCCUGUUGCUAGGCCUGUCGCUGUGGGGAUUCCUGGGCGGAGUGUGCCUGCCUUGAUCCCUGAGCAGGAAGCUGAGCCAGCCCCAGUGCCUGACCUGUUGGGGAGCAUUCUGACUGGACAGAGCUUUCUUAUGAUGAGUGGUUCUGAUGUUGUCAUAAAUCGAGAUGGAUCAUUAACUGCAAAGAAAGCAGUCCCAUUGCUGCAUGGCAAUUCAAGAGUAGAGGAAGGCUUGGGGGACCUUGCCCAGCCAGGGGUACCACACUUGGAAACCACAAUUAGUAGCUCUGGUGCUGACUCUUCAAAUACUCGCUCUUCAUCCCCAUUGUCGCUCAACAUAGCAAACAAGGCAGCAAGCUUAACACAAGCUACAUCUGGAAGAACACCCAUCAGAUUUGAAUACUCAAUGACUCCGAGGUCUGUUCAGACUCAGAAUCUAGCAAAUAUGAAUAGAUGUGCUUCCAGACUGGGUGAAGUAUCCAGAUUUAAUGGGGGUUCUAAGUCUUCUGUGGUCCCUCUUUCUGGAUCUUCUAAAUUGCCAUAUAACAAGCCCAAUUCAAUCUCAAAACCAAUUCUUGCUAGGCAGCCUCUAAAAUCUUCUAAAAGGCUUGAUAUCUCUGAACUCCCCAGGAUACCAAAGAUUAAAAAAGAAAACAAUAGUGGACAUCUUGGAUCUCAGUCUGCCAGCGACAGAAGUGGUGACAUUCCCAGCUCCUGUAUUACACAGUUGACUGGUAAAGGAAAUGCAAACCAGCCAGUCAGAGGUAGUAAAAUAGAAAGCAGCAAACCAAAUACCACUCAGCGGCAAGCACAUACAAGUGGAAGUUCUCCCUCAGCAAAUGCCAUUCCUCAUAGCAGUUCCAGCAGUUCCAUGCUUCCUCCAGCAAGAGGGAAAGUUGGAAGCUCUUCCUUUGAGGGCUUUAAAAUCAACAUCCCUGGAAAUGUUGGGCAUUCCAGCAGAUUGUCUAAUCCUGGAUUUUGUAAUACUUUCCGACCUGUGGACAGUAAAGUGGAACAGAAAGAGAAUCCUUCACCCCUCUUUUCACUGAAAAAAACAAAACCAAUCAAAAGUGAAAUCUACGAUCCUUUUGAUCCAACAGGCUCAGAUUCAAGUUCAGCAAGUAGCAGUCCUGAAAGGUUGCCCCUCACUAAUAUCACCAGAACAAUAUCCAUAGCAAGUCCAAAAGUUCAGACGUUCCAAACAGUGCGCCGCAUUACACCUUACACGCUGGAAAAUGUAUUUGGAUCGGGGGCUGAAUUGUCUGAUGUGCCAUCAAGUAACACAGAGUCACUUGGUGAUCUGGUGGUAAAGGAAAGGCUUGUGGAACCAGUCUCAGACUCAGAGCAAGAAAAGGGUGAUGAAGAGUUAAACAUGCCCUGUACAUCAUCUGUCAUCAAGGACAUUACUGAUGCCAAGCACUUAAAUGCUGAUAAGGAUAGUCCAAGGAUAGCUCUUGAAGAUGACCUACCUGCAGUGAAAAUGGAGUUGGACAGUCCCAUCAGAGAAGGUGAUCGGCAGAACAUACUUAUAAAUGAGCAGGCAGAACAGCGAUCCUUUUCAAGAUCCCCAUCAACUUCCAGUUCACAGAGUCAGAAGAAAAGAAAAAGAAAAAAGACACCAGUUAAGGAAUACAAAAGCAUCCGCUCAAGAUCUAGAUCAAGAACAUCUUCAAGGGACAGAAGCUCCAGAUCGACAUCCCGCUCAGUUGAAGAAAAAUACAGUAAAAGCCACAGAACUAAAUCAAAGUCCCGGCAGUCAUCGAGUGAUCGCUCCAGUAGUCAUGAGCGAUCAAAAAAAAGGAAAACAAAGGAUAAGACUAAAGACAAGAAAGCAAAAAGCUCUUGGCCAAAAGAACGUAAGAGAACUAGAUCACGAUCUGGUAGUCCCACCAACUCUUCUUCUGCAUUACAUGAAAGCAGGAAAAAGAAAAAACACUCUGCCUCUAGAGCAAAGGGACGAGAAUGUUCCCGAUCAAAUAGUGCGGAGAGAACUAAAAAAAAGAAACACAGAAGAGAGAGAAGCUGUGACAGAUAUGAGAAGGAGAGAAGCUCAAGGUCACGAGAGAGAAAAAGAUCAAGGUCUAGGUCUCGGGAAAAACGAAAAAGGAGAUCAAGUUCACCCUCUGCCUCAAGAUCCCGGGAGUUAAAGGGAACUAAAGCUAGGGAGAAACGGCCAUGGCUCAGGCCACACUCAAAAGAAAGAAAACAGAAGCCAAAAGAGAUGUCACCCCUGCCUCUUCAAGGGAAGGACCAGAGAUCUUCAGAGGACAACAUGGACAGUUCUCUUGAACAUGCUCCCUCUUGGGCCCAAGCAUUGGAAGAUACAGCACAAGAAACUUUGAACAUUCAGCCAGACCCGAUGCCUGUACAGGAGAGUCCUUCAAAGAAUGACGUAAUGAAAGUUGACUUAGAAGAGGUUAUUGCAGAGGAACUAGUCUGUGAGAAGCUUGUAAAUGAAAGAAUUCCUUCCCAGCCAGCAUGCACAAGUUCUGGUGUCUUACUUGACAGUGCAGAGUCUUCCAUUGAAAAUGAAUUGACAAUGGGCUAUGAUUCACCAGGGUUUGGUGACUCAAUUAGCCAGAGCAGUGUGAAAGUGGAGGAAGUUGAAAUUAAAGAUGAUGAUGUGUGCCCAUUUUUAUCAGAUUCUCUCCCAGAAAGGGAGGAAAUUGUACAGAGUCAUGGUGAAGCAACACCCACUCAAGUUUUGUCUGAAAUCAAAAUAUCAGCAGAGGGUGGAGAUUCUCUGUUAGAUGAAAAUGCUGCUGAUGUAAAUAAACUUGACCUGGAGCCUGUCACUCAAGGUCCUGUGUUGAAGUCAAAAGCACUUGUGAAAAGGGUCACAUGGAAUCUUCAGGCUGAAGAAAGCAAUAUGUUGACUGCAGAUGAAACUCCAAGGGUGCCAUUCUGUAAGCAGCAGAGAACGAAAGAAGGGGUCUGGAAAGCAGAGGAUUUGACCCAAACAUUAAAUCAGGUUUAUAACCAAAACCUGCCUUCGACAGCCCCGCUGCCCUCAAGUCUGCCGCCCUAUGCCCCUGUUAGUCAGCCCACCGUUCAGUUCAUCAUGCAGGGGAGCCUUCCUCUGCUCAGCUGUGUGGCAGGGCAAAGCUUGACGCCCGAGCCCGGCAAUCUGGCUACUGCUUCGGAGCCAAGCAUUCAGGCUGCUUCCACAGGAGAUCUGGAGGAGAAAGUCAAAGCACCUAAAUCUCCAGUGGAUAAAACAAAAAAUGAAGAGUAUAUGAAGAAACUGCACAUGCAAGAGAGGGCUGUGGAAGAAGUGAAACUUGCAAUUAAGCCCUUUUACCAGAAGAGGGAGAUCACCAAGGAAGAAUACAAGGAUAUUCUUCGGAAGGCAGUGCAAAAGAUCUGUCAUAGCAAAAGUGGGGAGAUCAACCCAGUGAAGGUGGCCAAUCUUGUGAAGGCAUACGUGGAGAAGUACAAACAUAUGAGGAAACACAAGAAGACGGACGCGGAAGAUGAGCCUCGUGAAACAGGGAACUGAGAAGAGCCGAGCCCUCAGGGUGAAACAGGGAGAGGCUUUUCAAGAUGAGGAGUGCUUUCCUUCCUCAAGAGGGAGACCGGGGUGUGCAGUUGCAUGUUGCAGCUGCUCCCACGUCCUCAGAAGCAGAAUGCAGUAGGACCUUUCCACCGGGAGACACAUUUUCACAUAAGAGUAGAAUCUCCUCAUGGAUCUGACUGCAGUUUGAGAGCCAAAUGUCAGCAUAUCCUGCGUAACUUGUGGAGAAACUCUGGACAGAGGAAAUAGUGUGUGUCGUGCCAGGGGUGUGGGGUACCCUAUCAGAUGUCAUGGUUUUACUUUGAUCACUUUUUUGUCUGUGCAUCUGUCCUCACAGUUUCAAGCAGACACUUUUAUAUGCAGUAUACAGCAAUGUGUGCUGCUUCGAUUGUGUUAUUUAUCAGAAAUACGGAUUCUUUAGAGAUUUCUCAGAAAUUGGUUUAAUACUUGAACUGUGGUAUUUUUAGCCUGUUCUAUGAGGGAAACGUUGGCUCUGUCAUACAGGAGUUGCAGAUGCGUGCUAACCUUUGUAAAUCUUCUUCUGAACAUACUAUUUCAGAGAUGGCAUUUAUUUACAUUUUGUCAGUAUAUCUCAAUGAGGAACUUCAUUGGGGAUUGUUGGAGUUUGGUGACAGGGGAACCAAACUAUGUAACCCCUCUUUGUGAAUAAUGUGCCGAAGGUGGGUUUUGAGUUGGGUUUUGCAUUCCACAAACUGCCUUUCACUACGAAGAGAAGGAAAAGAGCAAAGUUUGCAAACCUUCAUUGCAACCUGAGGAAUGUACCCAAAGUAUGUACAAAGCAGAAAUGUGACAAUUUAUAAAGUUAUUUUGAAUUGUU